UGGAAAUUUGAUUUUGCACUCGAGAUCUCUACCAAGAGACUUGUUUCGUGUACUGUUUAUCAAUUAUUUUAUUUUGUUUUUGCCCAGGGGUGGUGGCACCUCAAUAGUUUUUUUGUAAAAAAGAAAAAAACUAUAAAUUUAUGUUUCCCUUCAAUGCAAUAACUAUAACUUAACAAAAAAAAACCUCUGUUCUACAUAAUUUGUUGUGUGCAUUGUUGAUUGCGGUGGGAUCAAAGAACCACCAACCAAUUGAAUUAAGUUUUUUGUGUGUACAUAAUUGAACACGGGAUCGCUGCUAUGGAUAUCAAUUUAUUCAGAGUAUUCUUGUGGAAAAACUUCUUAUUUCUCAAAUUUAGUUGGUUAUCAACAACGAUAAUAAAUUUGACUUGCUUUGUUAUUCUUUAUGUCUUCUUGAAAACCACUCUCAAUGAAGUAACCGCACCCAGUAGCGACUAUGUGAACAAAAAUACUGAAGAACUUAAGGAAAACGUUCCAAGCAACAAUGAAGACUUCAUAUUUUACAGCCCUUCUAACAUUGUUUAUCUUGAUGAGUUGAUGGAGAAAGUGCGAACAGACUUGUAUAUGUCAACUGAAAGGUUCAAGUCUUUUGGGAAUGCUUCAAUCAUGAUUUCUGCUCUAGAAAACAAUCAGAAAGCGAAUUGUUUUGGAAUUUUCUUUGAGAAAUGGCCAGUUUCUAGUAAUAAAGGUUCGCUGCAGUAUUCAAUAAGUUCCACAAUGACGAAGGUAUCGCCUAGGAAAAGCUUUAUUAAUGAUGACGAUGCUAACGGAGUUAUUCCUGAAGACGAAUAUAUUCGCACUGGCUUUCUUUCACUUCAGCAUAUCAUUGACUUGAACUUUAUUAAGUCUUCAACUGAUACUAAUAGUGGACUUCAAAUUGGUAUAUCCCCGUUGCCAAGUAUAUCACACGAAUCUAUUGAUGGGCAACGUGUUAACUCAUUUGGCUUAUUGUUUGCUGUUCUGUUCAAUGUUCUAUUGCUUAGUACAAUUCUAAUUCCACUUGUUGAAGAAAAACACGAUGGCAUUAAGGAAUUUCUUGUUCUAGCAACACCACAAAAUUUUCUAAAUGGACUGACAUUUUUUUGUAUUCGUUUUAUGGCGUGUACGCCUUUCAUAUUUGGAUGCGUUGGAGUAGCUAUCGCCUAUCGAGCAUUAGGACUCAUUCCGACUAUUUAUUAUAUCGUACUCUUUGUUUUGUAUUGUUCUACAGCCUUGUGCUACACAUUUUUGAUAUCAGUGUGUUUUAAUACAGUAUUUUAUGCGAAAGUUGGUGGAUUUCUUUUAUUGAUCAUACCAUUUUUAUUUCAUUUGAUUGAUGGAAAAUUAUCAAAAUUAGCAAGUUGUUUAUUUUGUACUACUACCUUUUUGAAAGGACUCAAUAUCUUUCAAGUAUUUACCAAUAAACAUCGAGUAUUUUCUAAAGAUGAUUUAUUCUUUAGCAUAACAGACUCCAGUUCCAAUGUUUUUUCGAUCAUGACAAUUUUACUAAUGCAAUUAAUAUUCUACACAAUUCUUUACAAUUACUUUUCAAGAAUAUUUCCAGGAAAAGGUGGCCUUAAGCAACCUAUAUUCUUUUUCUUGAAUCCUUCGUUUUAUAAGAAAAAACAUCGAAAUCAAUUCGUUACAUCCUUAUCGGAUUCUGAUGAAACUGCAAUUAUGAUACAAGAUCUUGUUAAAACUUUUACAUCAAAAAGUCGAGUUAUCAAAGUUGCUGAUCGUUUAAAUAUGGAAAUAAAAGAACGCCGAAUAACUGUAUUACUUGGACACAAUGGAGCUGGAAAAACUACUACUUUAAAUAUGAUUAUUGGUUGUGUUCCCAAGGACUCUGGAAAAAUUAUUGUUUGUAGUGAACGAGAUGUAACAUCCUAUAGACAUUUGAUUGGCUUCUGCCCCCAACAUAGCGUUUUUAUGCAAUAUAUGACUUGCUAUCAACAUUUGGGAUUUUUCGCUCAGUUAAGGGGAAAAACUGUUGCAGAAGCUAACUCGCUAGCUUCAGAACUGCUCACACAACUGAGACUAGUGGAUAAAGCAAAUGAAUCAGGUAAAAACCUUUCUGGAGGAAUGAAGCGCCGUUUAUCACUUGGAAUAGCGCUCUCUGGAGAUACAAAAGUUGUUAUAUUGGAUGAGCCAUCAUCUGGACUAGAUGUAGAGUCAAGACGUGAAUUAUGGGAUAUACUUUUAGAAUUGCGAAAGUCUAAAGCGGUUCUUAUAACAACCCAUCAUAUGGAAGAGGCAGAGAUUCUUGGUGAUACAAUUUCAAUAUUGUCAAAUGGAAAACUAGAACAAACUGGUUCUCCAUUGGAACUUAAACGUAAACUAGGAAGUGGAUACAUAUUGAAAUUAAGAACCGAUGGGAACUUUCACGAACAAAGUACUUUAGAUAUUAUCCGAGCAGUUGUUCCUACUGCUAAGUUAAUGAAUGCUGUUCCUCCAACUGUAUUAAUAAGCAUGCCAUAUUUUUAUAAAGACAAGUAUCCAGAAGUUCUUGAAAAGCUUGAAACAAAUCGUGUCAAUCUUGGAAUUGAUUCUCUCGCAGUAACGGAUACUUCUUUAGAAGAUGUUUUUCUCAAUUCUCAAGGCAAUGACAGUGUUGAUUCCCCAAGUAAGGGUAGAGGCGAAAUUGUUGAUAUACCAUACCAGAAACUUUUGCCAGAUGCGGUCAAAUGGAUAAGACAUGUGCACGCAGUAUUUUAUAAAAAAAUAAUUUUUGUUAAAAGUCAAUUGAUUUAUUCUUUGAUUAUGUUUUCGUUGCCUUUUUUGGCUAUUGGAAUGUCUGUUUUUAUAAUGAAUUCAUUAGCCUCUCACAGCGGCGAUGGAAAUAUGAGGCUUGAUCUAAGAAACUUGAAAGGUGGUUAUAUAUUCUUGAGUGUCUCAUCCGAAUUUGAAAGCAUAGAGAAAAAUUUGAAAUAUGAAAUUGAAAGUAAAGGCAUUCAAACAAAAUAUUUGCCAAAUCUAGAUACUAUUGAAGAAGAACUGAUAUCUAUACAAACAAAAGACUUGUAUGAUUUUUAUGAAAAUGCAAUUGGAGCAAUCAUAGUUAAAAACAACGAAAAUAAUCCGGACUUUAGGAUACUUUAUUCUGCGAAUAUCAUUCACAGUUCUGUUAUAAUGGUCAACGUAAUUGAUAAUGCCAUUCUAAAAUAUGUGGGACAAUCCAAUGACAGCAUCGAAACAACCUAUGCUCCGAUUAGAAGGAUUAUUGAUGUAAAUCCAACAAGCCUAGAGCAUUUUGCAGCAAUUGUUCCAAUUGGAUUCUUCUUUUACAUGUUGUACUAUGUCUCGCUACCCUACAUCGAACACAAAAGCAACUUCAAAAAUCUUCAGGCUAUUCCUCGCCCCACCUACUGGACCUCAUUCGUUGCGUUUGAUAUGAUCUUGCAUGCUAUUGUUUGUACAGGAUGCUUCUUCUUCCAACGAGCUAUUAUGCCUAGCACAUUAUACAGCAGUUCUGACCAAUCCCUGCUGACUUUUACUUAUCUUUUCUACGGGUUUUCAUAUCUACCAAUCAUGUAUUGUAUGACGAUUGGUUUUCGAUCAAUAUCACCGAUAUCCACAUAUCUUUUAUUCAUGUUAAUCGUUUCAUCAAUUGUGCCCUUCAUCACAUCUGAUAAUGUACAAUCAAUGCAUCAUUUUGAGACGGCAAUCUUAAUUAUGUCGUUGUUGCCUGAUUUUUCAUUAAAUCAUCAGCUUCGAGUUAUAAAUGAAAAUUUCUUUGCAAAGCGUCGCAGGUUGAGCAAACGUACAGAUGAUCUACCAAAUCCAUCAAUGUUUUUUUCCUACGCAAUAUUUUUAUUUAUUUUUGUAAUGCUAUUUCUUAUCUAUGUAUGGGAUAAUUUAAAAAGAAGACAGUAUUUAAAAGACUUGAUAAUGUGUAAUCGCUGUAAACGCACCGGACAGCUUAAUCAACCACUCGAAGAUGUCGACGAAGCUCUUGUGCGGAAAGAAAAAGGAAACGUUGAAGACAUUUUUCGAUCUAAAAAUGAAGAGUCAUAUCCUCUCAUUGUUCAAAAUUUGCACAAGUUUUACGGAAGGAUACAUGCGGUGCGAGGUAUUAAUUUUGCUGUGAAACGGCAAGAGUGCUUCGGAUUGUUGGGUGUAAAUGGAGCUGGAAAAACUUCAACCUUUCAAAUGAUAACCGCCAACUCUCUAAUAUCAGGUGGACACAUUAUGAUCGAUGGCGUGGAUAUAAUAAAAAGUGAAACUUUGUAUAAAUACCGAUUUGGAUACUGUCCACAAGGAGAUUGUCUCAAUAGCUUUAUGACAUCAUAUCAGAUUCUUAAGUAUAUGGCCUUAUUGAGAAAUGUAGAUUAUACUGAUUUACAUACAGAAGUGAUGUAUUGGUUGGCCCAUUUGGACUUGUUACGAUAUCAAAAUGUUCCUAUUCGCUAUUAUUCUGGUGGUACAAAAAGAAAACUAAAUGCAGCUAUUGCAAUGAUUGGAAAUCCAAGUUUAGUUCUUUUAGAUGAACCUACAACUGGCGUAGAUCCAAUUUCUCGCCGAUUUCUAUGGAAAUGUAUUCAAGAUUUCCAAAAGCGUGACAAGACUGUUGUACUCACAUCUCAUAGUAUGGACGAGUGCGAGCAUCUUUGCAACAGACUGGCCAUAAUGGCAAAUGGGAAAUUGCAGUGCAUUGGCUUUAUUCCUGAUUUAAAGUCUAGAUACGGUUCUGGAUUUACAAUUAAUGUCAAACUAUUGAAUAAUUGGUCUGAUAAUAAAAUCAGUUCAAUUACAUCAUCUCUUCAAGAAGAAUUCAAUUGCGAACUUCGAGAGCAGCAUGCAGGCAUGCUGACGUAUUUUAUAAAGGAAAAAUCAAUGGAAUGGUCUGAGAUAUUUAGAAGAACAGAGCGUUUUAUGAGCUGCAACAAAAGUUUAGUUCAAGAUUAUUCUGUGAACGAAACGACGUUAGAAGAUAUAUUUCUUAAGUUUGACAAAAAGUGUCGAAAAGCUUCUAAUGGUUAUCCUGAUGAUUCUUUAUAAUGUAAUACAAAUCAAUAUUAAGCAGCAAAUUUACUUAAUAAUUAGGGUAGUAUUUAUGAUAAUCUUUGUAAUUAAUAUAAUAUUUUGUAAUAUACAAUUCUGAAAUUG